GUCGCCUGGUCGCCUCUGCCUUCGACGCGCCACCGCCCAUCAUCCAGUUUCCGGUGCCAACUCUUCUUUAAUUCCUAGCAUGCUUAAGCAGGCUCAGUGUAUUUCACCAUCUAUCUUCCCCAGUGUCUCCCCGGAAACUCAUGCACAUGGCGAAAGGCAAGAAGCCACACCCAAGGAAGACCGAAACAACGAUGAAAGAAUCAGCCUCUCUCAUCCUCGAUCCAUAUCUCUACUUGGGCCCUUGCUCAGCUGCUUCUUCGUCCUUUGUUUCGUCUGUUGGGAUAACGCACAUUCUCUCCAUCGGUAGCACCCCAACUACUCACUUUCCGAACGUCGUCUAUGAACGCAUUCCGCUUAUAGACUCGCCAACGUCAUCUCUCUUGCAUGCAGCGAAUCGCGCAGCCAUCUUUCUCGACUCAGUCGAAGCGGCAGGAGGCAAGGUACUUGUGCAUUGCUCAGCCGCCAUCUCGCGUUCACCUGCAGUCGUGGCUGCCUACUUGGUGAUAAGGAAACGCAUGUCGCUCAAGCAAGCGUUGGGAAGGAUCCUACAAACCCGACCAAGCACAUCUCCGAAUAGAGGAUUCAUGGUGCAGCUGAACGAGAUAGAGCUGGAGCACUUGGGUGCUUUGUCGUUAGGAUUAGACGAGCUUCCUCGCAGGAAGGAGGAACGACUCGCUUUGUUUGUUGAUGUCGCCGAGAAUAACGGUGGGACAGCUUUGGCUUUAUGCUAAUUCCACAUGCUGUCAUCUGUAUACCGUCGACGAGAUAUCGCUCGUAUACUAGUACGAAUACCAAGUGGCGAUCGGUCGUGACUACAAUUCUCUAUACCCUCCACGUUAGGAGCUGAGCUUGCUUCUCUCGAUCUCGCACUUUCAGAAUCGUCGCGAUCGCUGUCGGCGUGCCACAUUAUGUGAGAGGUACUCAUCCAAUCAUGGACCGCAAUCUCCCCCUUUGGUACUCCCCUGGUUUGGAUUUGGUUCCCAACUACUAACUAUAGACCCGGAUCUUCUUUACGAUUUUGCACUGCCAAUAUCAAAGCAGGUAUACGGGUU